CAUAAGCAGUCCAGGCAGCAUCAUCAGUCACAGUGAGCUGGGCGGCUGUGGAGUAACACCGGGGGGAAACAUGGCGACAGGCUGCGCAUGGUUCCUGGUGCUGGUCUCCGUGUUUCUCUGCAAUCUCAUGAAAAUCCUCCUGCCUACCAUUUCCUCUUUCCUGUCAAAGAUGGUGCAGAAAGACGCCGAGCAGGAGAGUGAGAUGAGGAGUGAAAUCCAGCAGAUGAAGAAGGAGCAGUCCUCCAUCAGCAUGAUGGACGAGUUUGCAAGAUACGCCAGGCUCGAGCGCAAAAUCAACAAAACGACAGAUAAGCUUAAAACCCACGUGCAGUCGAGAACGGCUCAGCAAGCCAAAAUGAAAUGGGUUGUGAACAUCGUCUUUUACGUCCUGCAGGCUGCUCUGAUGGUCUCAUUGAUAUGGAAGUACUACUCUGACCCCGUGACUGUGGUCCCCAGUAAAUGGAUCGCCCCUGUGGAACGACUAGUGGCGUUCCCAACAGGAGUGGCAGGUGGCGUGGGAAUCACGUGCUGGCUGGUGGUUUGCAACAAAGUGAUCACACUGGGCCUUGGUGCCAUCAGCUAGAGAGCGUCGCUGGGAUUCAGAAACGUCUUCUUGAAAACAGAUCCUCGGUGAUCAACAUGAGGAAAAGGCUCCUCUGCUAGUGCAGCAUUUCUUAUUUAUUGUUAUCGUAACUUGGUGUUUUUGUUUUUUGCUGAAUGAGUUGUUUGAUUCCUUACAAGUUGGACAAAAGUGUUUUAAAUUGGGACAUCUUCUUUUUAAUAAAAAAUUUAAAAGGUAAA